AUGUUAUCCAGCAUCGGACGAGCCGCCCUCAAGCGGUCAGGAGCUGGCGCCGGAGCGUGUCAGGUGUCAACAAACAGAGUCGCCCAGCACGCCCGGCUUCUUCGAAUCACCAAUUCCCCCCAAGGCGCGAACAACCUCCCUGGACAAGAUCAGCUCGCCUUUCAGUUUCUACGAUGCUAUGCGACCGCUACAAAGGUAGCCACCAAGGCCCCUUCAAAGACCACGAAAUCUAAGAGCGCCGGAUCAACGACCAAGGCAAAGAAGCCCGCGAAGAAAGUUGCUAAGAAGCCCAAAGCGGUCAAAAAGCCCGCGAAGAAGGUCCUCACGGACAAGCAACGGACAGCGGCUUCUAUCAGAGACCUCAAGGCCAAGGCUCUCACCCCUCCGCCCAACAAACCGUCCACUGUCUGGCAACUUAUUUUCCAGGAGUCUAUGAAAUCAAAAACUAGAGAAGGAGGUAUUAGCGACACCGCGAGGGAAGCUGCUGCCAAGUAUAAAUCACUGUCGCCUGCAGAGUUGGAGACCUAUAAUCAUAAAGCCAACCAGAACAAGCUUGAGAACGAGGCGGCCUUGAAGAAAUGGGUUGAAACACACACCCCGGAGGAGAUCAGAAUUGCGAACAAUGCGCGCACAUUGUUGAAAAGGAAACUCGAGAAACCAAACCGCUUCACUCUCAUUUCAGAUCCCCGUAUGCCAAAGAGACCAAUCAACCCGUACCUGCUCUAUGUGAGGGACAAAAUGACGUCUGGAGAUUUCAAGGGUAUCAAAACUAGUGAGGCUGUCACCUUGAUAUCAAAUGAAUGGAGGGCUUUGUCGCCUAGUCAAAAGAAACCCUACGAGGACCGCGCACUGGUGGACGCGGACCGCUACGCGAGGGAAUUCAAAACUGCCUUCCAUCGCGAUCCCCCCUCGGUGGUUGCACUCGAAAACAAGGCCGCAGCAUAG